AUGGCCGACACAGAAGAUGUCAGAGAUGAGCGCAAAGACAGCCACGACGAUGGUGGUGAGGAAGAAGAAGAGAUUGCAGCAAUGAAGAGGCGCGUUGCCGAGAUGGAGUCUGAAGCCGCCAAGCUGCGCGAGAUGCAAAGUCACCUUGAACAGUCGUCGGAGAGCGUGCCUAGAGAGGACCGCGAAGACGUGGACGCGCGCAGCAUCUUUGUCGGUAAUGUGGACUACCAGGCGACACCGGAAGAGAUCCAAGCACACUUCGCAACUGGGCCCGGGACCAUCAACCGCGUCACGAUCCUCCUUGACAAGUUUACUGGUCAUCCCAAAGGGUGGGUUUAA